CAUGACGAUCGCAGUCUUCCUACUAUUUCGAUCAUCGCUGUACAACGCAUAAGCCUGUAGACACGAGGCAUACAUCAUCUAAUCUUAGCAUGCCGAAAUGCUAUAAGUACCCCCUCAACUGCCCCAAAAAUCCAUUAUCACAAACAGCACAAUCUCAAUUUCCAAUCAACACUUUAAACACUCAAUUCCAACACCAACUUUAAGCUUCUCGCUUCAAACACCAAACCUUCAAAAUGUUCUCCAAGACCAUCAUUGCCGUUGCCAUCACCACCCUCUUCGCCACUUCGGCCAUCGGCGCUGCCGUCGCACCCGCUCCUGCUGCCCGCGGCAUUCUCAUUGCGGCAAACCCAGACGCAGCCUGCAACUGCCCCAACAACUGCCAGCACAACAAUGGAGAUAGCUGCUCUUUCUACCGCGACGGUAACCAGCUUAACGGGAUUUGCCAGCACACAGGCGAGGGCGGACGCCUCCUGUGCAAUGCCUAAUCGAUGAUGGUCUUGAGAUAGAGAUCCGUCGAUGAGAACUUGGGAAAGGGGGAAUGCAGAGGUCGGGAAAGAGAGUCAUUACACUGUACUGCUAGAGAGCAUUACUCAUCACAUUCGCUUGGUCUUAUAGUUUUCUCGGAACAGAAAGAAUUCAAUAUUGAUAACUCC